AUGCGCCUAGAUCAGAUCCCUGUGGACGUUCUGAACCUCAUUUUUUCGAACCUUUGUUACCAUUGUCAGAGGCCAGGCAAUUUUGUCAAUGCAGACGAAUAUGAUACAGUUGAGGAUAAGAGGUCAUUGGCACGUUUGUGCCGCACAUCCAAAGCCAUAUGCACUGUUGUGCAGCCAAUCCUCUACCACUACUAUGCGACGGGAAAUGUCCGCAAGGCGGGAACCCCAUAUCGGGGACAUUGGGGCAAGAACGACGUUGAAGUGUGGGAUUCCAAUUUUCUCCCUCAAUUCUUGCGUACCAUUAUCGCACGCCCAGACUUGGCUGAACGCGUGAAAAGCUUGCAAAUUAUCUUGGGAAGAGAACGGGUCUCAGAAAACCCACCCGAAGCGACUCAUCCAGACCUCACAGAAACUAUGAGUCUGCUGUUGAAUAUGGCAAAGGAACGGCACCUGCUGCCUUGGAGGUUGAGAAAAGAUAAUCUUAAAAGGUACUCCGCCGACACAUCGCUUAACCUCGAGGAGCUCUUCUUGGUCGUCCUACAGUGCACAAUCAACGUUCACACUUUACUUCUCGCUUGGCCAUAUGGUUUUCGAGAGUAUCUGGAAACGCUCAAUGAAACUAAUUGGACGCUGCCUCCUUUAUUGACGUUUCCCUCGCUUAGAACUCUCGGUGUUAUAAGAGGCUCGCAUGACUUCUGGCUCCGUGAGAGAGGCCAUUUCUUCAACGCUGCGUUUAACGUCGACACCUUGUAUAUAUGCGACGGUGGCGGCUGGUCGACGGACGAUCAUCACAACGAUAUCAUGAUCUAUCCAGUAGCGAGGACAUCCGACGCCCAUCUCGACUGUGAACAGCUCGGUCUCUUAAGACUACGCAAAUUAUCGCUAAACAGUCGUACCCCGACAGACUUUAUGGACUUAAUGUUUGCACUCACCAACGGCAUCGAAGAAUUGGAAGUAGAACAGAACGAAAAGUUCCCCGGCAUUGAAGAUUUAACAUACUACUGGACUACCUGGGAAAGCUAUAGCGAUUCUUUCGAUGAGGCCCUGCAAGUGUGGUCAAAGACGCUUAAGCGGCUAUGUCUUAGCUAUAUCCAACCGUCCAAAUUCGAAGAGAUCGACCGAGAUCGCCAAUGGGACCCAGAGGAUGAAUACGAAUAUCGCCCGAACCAGCUAAACUACGAUUCUAUUUCUUCCCUUUCUAUGUUCCCCCUUCUCGUCGACAUCACCAUAGAUCUGCGAUCCAUCUACCGGGAGACUGACCCCAAGGUCCCUUACCGACUUGUCUCCUUCCUUCCUCCUGUGAUCGAGCGUCUUCGCAUUACAUACGUUUUUCGUGAGAUUACGAAAGAACUACACCAACUUGGAGCACAGGCGCCUAGGGACUUUCCACACCUGAAGGCUGUUGUUGUCGGCAUUCCAUACAAGACUGAAACAGAAUGUCAUGAAGGACUCGAGAAUAUGAAAGCGUCGGGUGUGGAUGAUCUUUUCGAGAGUCAUGGUGUGAGUUUCUCUUGGACAGUUGAUUUUAUGGGAGCGGAUUUGAGGACGAUGGUUCCGGGGAUGACCAUAGGGUUACCGUUGAUACCGCUGCCAGGAAUAGAGACGCGUAAUUGA